UCUCCCUUCCCUUGUCAGUGAAGAGAACCCCAGGCUCUUCAGAUUUUCUAGUAGAAAUUAGAAUCAUAAUCUUUUCUAAGAUCCAGAGAUGAAAAGAACAGCUGAUUCAUUGGAUGAAGAUCCAAAUCUCAUAAUUGAAGAUGAAAGAUUGAGGAAAAGGAAAAACAAAUUGGAAGAAGAAGAAGAGGGAGAUGAUAAGGAAAUUGGAUUUGCUAAUCUAAACGAUGAUUUAGCAAUUGAAGUAUUAAAACAUUUUGAUGCAAAAACGUUAGCUACAGCAGCUUGUGUCAACAAAAAAUGGAGUAAAAUGGCUGAAGAUGAAAGAUUAUGGGAAUUCAUCUGUACUCGUCACUGGGCUAAUAUUGGUUGUGGUAAUCGACAGCUUCGUUCGGUUGUUCUUGCUUUAGGUGGAUUUCGUCGUCUUCAUUCUCUUUACAUCUGGCCUUUGUUGAAACGAUCUUCAUCUUCUUCAAUUGCAAGAACGGUUGUGAAACCAAAACCUAACUGGGGAAGAGAUGAAGUCAAUCUUUCACUGUCUCUACUUUCAAUUCGUUAUUUUGAAAUGAUGAAUUUCAGUAACAGAAAUUUGGAUAAAAAGGAAAAGAAGUAAUUCAAGACAAGAAAGUGAUUAUCCUUAUUUAAAUCCUGAAUAUUUUCCAUUUACUUAAGUAUUUUCCGGUUUUUUUUUUUGUUUAAUUUUGCGUUUUGUUUUGAUUAAUAAAUUUAAGUUAAA